GAGAGAGAGAGAGGAAGCACAAGCAUUGUGAUCAUAGGGCAGCUACAGAAAUAUUUAGUAAGAAAUAGAGACAAAAAUGGCUCAUCCUGAUCAUCAGUACGAUGAGGGUGGUGGCUAUGGUUCCAAGUUCCCAGUCACAGUUCUGGGAGCAAGAGUCCUCACAUUGGUUUCCCUCAUCGUAUCAGUUGUACUGCUCGAGACCAACACCGUCACCGUCGACGGCUACCACGUUUCUUACCAUGAUUUCCGUUCUUACAAGUUCAUGUUUUAUGUGACUAUAAUUGGAAUUGCGUACACUGUGCUGCAAAUCCCAUUUGCGGCAUACUACAUGCGGAAGAGGAAACAUCUCAUACCAAACUCUGCCUUCCUACACCUCUGUUUCUAUUUGGACAAGCUGAUGAUGGUGUUGCUAGGAUUGGGCGCUGGAGCAGCGUUUGGGGCGACAAUGGACAUCAAGAAGUACGUAGGGGACAACAUACCAAAGUUGCAGGAUUUUCUUACAGUGGUUUAUAUCCCCUCAACAUUCCUUCUUGUUGGGUGCAUUGCCUGUGGCGUUUCUUCUGUCCAUUCAUCGUUCCUUCUUCCACGCUGAUUACCGACCAAAAAGGGUUAAUUGCAUUUCACUCCUCCAUAAAUAUAUUAAUAGAUAAAAAAACCCUCUUAAAACAAAAAAAGAAAGGGGGCAACGACCAACUGAAUCUGUUUAGAAAGAAGUUCCCCGCCUCCUACAUCAGGGGUUUGUGUUACCAUUUUCUUACAAGUUGAGGGAUUGCAUGUGUUUGUUUGUUUUUCUUUAGGGGGUUUGUUGCAAUUAACCCAUAAUAAAACGAAAACAUAUUUUCAUGGCUUGAAGAUAAGCCUUGAGGAUUGGUAAACCCAAGCUGUAUUGUCACUGUUGUUUUAGAUCUUGGUUUGUUUAUGAUGUUGCAUCCAUCGAUCAAAAGAAAUGUUGGAAGUUGGUUUCAAUGUAAAAUUGCAUUCUACGUCCUAUAAAUUAGUUUUUCUUUU